AUGUACACAAGAACCCCACACCCUUUUUCCCUUUCACCCCCUCCAUUAACCCCGACACCCUCAACAUUUCAGUCUUCCACUCACAGACUCACAAUCUCUUCUUCAUCGAAAGCAACCUCACUUCCUUUUUUCAAAUGUCAUAUGCAAAAUCUUUGCGUCCACUUAUUAUGCAUACACACGGACACGGCCCUUAUGUUAGUCUACAUGAGGAGUUGGGUGGUGUUGAUUUUGGUUCUUGGAAGCUUCUUAUUUGUGAUUUCUGAAACCGAUACUGUGAACAUUGGAGCAAUUUUAAACUUUAAAACCAUCAAUGGGAAGGUUUCAACGAUUGCCAUGAAGACUGCUGUAGACGAUGUCAAUUCUGAUCCCUCCAUUUUACCAGGCAGAAGAUUGAGUCUCUCAUUUCACGAUGCAAACUUCAGUGGUUUCCUUAGCAUUGUCGGUGCUUUGAGAUACAUGGAGAUUGAUACCGUAGCCGUUAUCGGUCCACAAAGUUCAGUAAUGGCCCACGUACUUUCACAUCUUGCAAACGAACUCCACGUUCCAUUUUUAUCAUUCACAGCAUUAGACCCUUCACUUUCACCUCUUCAAUAUCCGUAUUUCAUCCAAACCUCCCCUAACGACCUUUACCAAAUGACUGCAAUCGCCGAAAUGGUAACCUACUUUGGUUAUCGAGAAGUAACCGCAAUAUUCACCGAUGACGACCAAUUCCGUAAUAGCAUAUCCACAUUAGGCGAUCUACUUUCCGAAAGGCGGUGUAAGAUCUCCUAUAAAGCAGCAUUAACACCCGACACCUCAUUAUCUCCACAAAAUCUAACCAACAAACUGCUUAAAGUACGGGCAUUAGAAUCUAGGGUUAUUAUCGUAAAUACGUAUUCAAAAACCGGUCUUUCGGUUUUCGAAACCGCCAAGAAGCUCGGGAUGAUGAAAAAAGGGUACGUCUGGAUUGCGACGACUUGGUUGUCUACGGUUUUGGAUUCCACAGGCAUUUCCGGAAAUGAGACGUUGUUUUUACACGGUGUUCUCACGGUCCGGCCCCACACACCGGAUACGGAGAAGAAACGAGAGUUUGUAACGCGGUGGAAGGGUUUGAGUAACGGGUCGAUCGGGUUGAACCCGUAUGGUUUAUACGCUUAUGAUACGGUUUGGAUGAUUGCGUACGCGGUUGACAAGUUUUUAAACGAAGGUGGAAACAUUUCUUUUUCGAAUGAUUCGAGGUUGAAAGCGGUGAAAGGUUUAAAUUUUGGAGCACUUAGUUUUUUUGAUGGCGGGAAACGUGUUCGGGCCAAGUUAUUGGAAACAAAUAUGACGGGCCUAACCGGCCCGUUUUGGUUCAACCGGGAUCAAUCAUUGGUGAACCCUUCGUUUGAUGUAAUCAACAUGGUUGGGAACCAGCGUCGGGUUGUCGGGUAUUGGUCGAACCACUCAGGGCUAUCGAUUGGGGUUCCCGAGCCGCUUUAUGCAAAACCAUCGAACCAUUCUUCUUUAAACCAACGGUUAGGAACCAUAAUAUGGCCCGGGAACACGAAAGAUAAGCCUCGGGGAUGGGAGUUUUCAAAUAACGGAAAGCCCUUACGGAUUGGAGUUCCAUUAAGAGUUAGUUUUAAAAAAUUUGUCACACAAGUCAACGGUUCCCAUGAUAUUCAUGGAUUUAGCAUCGAUGUUUUCAUCGCGGCGAUAAAGUUGAUUCCAUAUCCGGUUCCUUAUGAGUUUGUUAAGUUUGGAGAUGGCUAUAAGAACCCGAGCUACAACGAUCUUGUGCAUAAUGUUGCGUAUAAUGUGUUUGAUGCUGCUGUUGGUGAUAUUGCAAUUGUGACAAACCGGACAAAGACAGUGGACUUCACACAACCGUAUAUAGAGUCGGGGUUAGUGGUGGUGGUCCCCGUAAAGAAACUAAACUCGAGUGCUUGGGCUUUCAUGCGGCCUUUCACACCGCUGAUGUGGGCGGUGACCGGAUUUUUUUUCAUCGUUGUUGGGGCUGUUGUGUGGAUACUGGAACACAGGCUUAAUGAUGAAUUUAGGGGCCCACCUAAGCGACAGUUGGUCACCAUCUUGUGGUUUACCUUGUCAACCAUGUUUUUCUCACACAGAGAAAACACAGUGAGCACCCUUGGUCGGAUGGUUCUGUUCAUCUGGCUUUUUGUGGUUCUAAUUAUCAAUUCAAGUUACACAGCCAGUUUGACAUCGAUCUUAACUGUUCAACAACUUUCAUCUCCAAUAAGAGGAAUUGAUUCAUUGAUCACAACCAAUGAACGUAUCGGGUUUCAAGUGGGAUCAUUUGCAGAGAAUUACUUGAAGGAAGAACUCAACAUCCCACAAUCAAGACUUGUGGCUCUUGGAUCCCCAGAAGAAUAUGCAACAAAACUUAGCACAGGAAUUGUGGCAGCCAUUGUUGAUGAAAGACCUUAUAUCGAUCUUUUCCUUUCAUAUCGCUGUCAGUUUCAGAUUGUUGGCCAAGAAUUCACUAAAAGUGGUUGGGGAUUUGCGUUCCCGAAGGAAUCGCCAUUGGCGAUCGACAUGUCAACCGCUAUCCUAACAUUAUCCGAGAACGGAGAGCUUCAAAAGAUUCACGACCGUUGGCUCAAACGGGAAUCGUGCGCUUCUCAAGAUUCCAAUUCUGAUUCCGACUCCGACCAGCUUCAGCUCGAAAGCUUUUGGGGACUCUUCCUCAUCUUCGGAAUCGCUUGUUCCAUCGCUCUCUUGUUGUACUUCGGAAUGAUGCUUUGGGAGUUCGGAAAACAUCAUUCCGAUUCCGACACCCCCGAGGAGUCUCAGAAGACGGGGUCGGGGUCGGGGUCACGGUCGGUGCGGUUGCAGAGGUUUUUAUCGUUUGCUGAUGAGAAAGAAGAGGUAUCUAAGAGUAAGUUGAAGAGGAAGAGGGAGAGGUUAACUGUUAAUGGUGCGGAAGUUGACUCGAGGAAUCGGUCAAACCGAAUUCAAGCGGAGGUUGAUGAUGAGCAAAAUGUUAAUAGUUGAUUGCUCGAAUCGUGUGUUGUAUAAGAUAUUUAGUAUGGUUUAAUUUUAAAACAGGCAUAUGGAUGAGACUUUUCAAGCUUUAUGGAGAUUGUGCUUAUGAUAGGAUGAGGGUAUAUACGUCUUUUGUACAAAUGAGAGAUCGAAAACGAAUUGCUCAUUCUAGUUCAUUUGUUGUAAAAGACCAAUGUAGUAAGUAACUUAUAGUAACAUACUCUUAAGAAUUUAUAGAUUUAAAAUUGUAUACAAGGCCAAUGCCAUAAAAUAGUAUUUGGGGUUAAACAUGAAAUUUCUUAAAGUUAAGG